UAAGGAAACUUGUCUCUAUGCGGUAUAAGGAUGAUGGGAACAUACGUGAGUACGUUCUCGACAUGUUUCAUCUAGCUGGGAAAUUGAAAGGCUUAAAAAUUGAAUUGCCAGAAGAUGUUCUGGUGCAUUUGGUUUUGAUUUCCCUCCCUCCUCGAUUCAGUCAGUUUGAAGUGAGCUAUAACUGUCAGAAGGAUAAGUGGACAUUGAAUGAGCUCAUCUCACAUUUGGUACAGGAGGAAGAUAGAACGAAACAGCAUAAAGUUGAGAGUGCGCAUUUGGCAUCUUCUAACUCAGGCCCUCAAAAGAAGAGGAAAUACGAUAAAGCUGCGGCACCAAAAUCGUGUAAGAAGACCAAAGGCCCUGAAAAAGAGCAUAAAGAGUUGAAAUGCUUCUUCUGCAAGAAGGCUUCUCAUGUAAAGAAAGACUGCCCUAAGUAUCGCGCUUGGCGCGUAAAGAAAGGGUUGCCUGAACUGCCGAACUCCGAGUGAUGGUGAAAGAUACAUCUAUAUGGUGACUGGAAAGGCAGAAGUCGUAGGCGUAGGGACUUUUAGAUUGUUACUUCGUACUGGUUUUUAUUUAGAAUUGAAUAACACAUUCAUUGUACCGUCCUUCAGACGGAAUUUAGUUUCUAUAUCAGUUUUAGACA